AAGAAGGCAACGAGGCAUUCAUUCAUUACACUUUACUAGUUGGGGAUCAUCCAUACUACUUAAGACUAUCAGUAUUCAUUAUUGCAACGAUGUAUGUGUCCAGAUGCUAAACAUCACGCAAAAAGAUCCAUAUAGGUGCUGUCAUGAUGGAGCUCACUUGGUUGGCGGAUACCCCUCAGUCUCGCCGUCGUUCGAGAGCAGCAAAAGCAUGUUCAAACUGUCAAAGGAAAAAGAAACGUUGUCGUCACCUCUCGACUUCUUUUACAGGAAGUAGCAACAUACGGAGACGGGCUGAGCAUGGAGGUCCUAUACCCAGCAGUCAAGUUGGGGAUAGCAGCCGUGUAGCUGGCGAUCAACAGCUAGACUCUGUCGCAGAGGUGAUGCACCACAGGCCCAGUCAUUCUGACAUCUCCACAACUCAUUCUGCCCUUCCCAGAUCUACUCGCUUCGUUGGAGAUCUGAAUCCAGAAGCUGUAUUACUCGGGAAACUAGAUGAAGCUUCCCAGGUCCGACGCAACCGGAUCGGCCUAUGGGUGAGCCCUUCGGACAGACAGGAUGAAGAGAGAAACAUACCUUCAUCUGUGACGACUGCUUCUCGGUCGUUGGAGCCAUUUGCUAGAUCGCCCCUCGAUAAAGGCUCUGUGUUUCUCUCUCUCCAUCAAAGAUACCUUGCAGCCAUUGAAUCAUGCCAGCCACUGCCUGCUUCAACGCAGGAACAUCUGGUCAGCAUCUACUUCUCCAAAAUUAACUCCAUUCUUCCUUUGCUCGAGGAGGAUCUCUUCCUACGAGACUGUCGCAACGCAAAUGUCUCGGUGCUGCUUGUAAGAGCAAUGUGUCUCGUUGCUGCUAAGAACGGGGCAGCACGAUCCCACCUGCGGCUCAAAGAUACUGGACCAUGUCUCACACCACGCGAAUUUUGUUCUGAGCUAUAUAAAGGUUUGGCCUCCGCCGUGAGUUUCGAGGUAGAAGCGGACAGGAUCUCCAGAAUACAGAUACUGGCCUUACUGUCGUUACAUUGCGAGGGCUUUGAAGGAGCGGAGACAGCGUCAAUGCAUCUAUGCCAUGCCCUCCAUCAGGCUCAGACGGUGGGGUUACAUCUCAGUCAUCCAGGAAGAGCGGUGGAUGAUCAUCUUGCCAGACUUUUCUGGUGCUUAUGGAGUCUAGAUAAGCUUCAUGCAAGCAUAGGAGGUCGUCCAAUACUCAUGGCAGACCGUGAUAUCGGCAUCGACAAGCCCAGUACCAAGGGCUCUGGUCGCCAUUCAGCCUUCGGUGUCUGGCUUGAUACCGCUGAUCUUUUAGCUUCCGUCAUAUCUCUCUACAGGCCAUCUUUGCAUUCUGAUCCUGCAUGGGAAGGUGACUUCCCUAGUUUCGAAAAUGUCAUGGGAAACGGCUUACGAGACCACCUUAAUUCAGCAACAGUCGGCCUUCUGGAGCUCUUUUACCACGCUGUCAGUAUACUCUCAUGCAGAUCCGGAUCAUCCGGCCCUGGACCUUCCCGGUCCUCUCUUACGCGUCGUGAUACCUCGGCUGCUUGUAUAUGCUCUAUUAUGGCAAGUGAUUGGGCGCGCGAGCUGCCACCGCUUCCUAUCGUUCCCUAUGCAAUCUCCCUUUCUAUGAGCGUUUCAUAUCAGCAACUCCGCCAAGGCGAUUCUGAUAUACCCUUCGAUCGAGCCAAAAAUAACAUGGAAUUCUGUUGUUCGUUUCUGGAAGAAUUGAGUAUGUAUUGGGACUCUGCAAAUGCAAUGUUCCGGCUAGGACGGAGAGCCCUUAAGCAGAUUGAAGAUGCACGAGCCAGACCGUAUGAGGCAACAGCGCAUCAAUCACGGGUGCCACUGGUUCCCUCGUCUAGGCGACAUGUCGUUCAUGAUGAGGUAUUGUCAGAGACCACGAAACCGACAACUCCUGAGCAGGAAGCAGAUCACGUUGCGACCGACCUCAACAUAGAAGAUCCAUCUUCAGGACGAACGGACCUUGCUCCAACCGGCGGACCCUCCUCUCUGGACGAAGGCUUCGAUAGAGGUAACUUUGAGGACAUCGACACUCUUUUUGGAGAAUAUUUGGAUCUCUCGCUGCCUACCAACUUCUGGGACCCUAUGUUUAUGGUAGAGGAAAACACCUAGGCUGUGAGACUUGACUCGCUUUGCUUUGUACUUUUGGCGCUAUCCUCUAGGUACUAGGGAUUAUUCAAAGUACACAACUUUCGACAACAUGAUUGCUGUCUUAGAUGGAAGAUGCACUGGCAUACUGAUCUCGCCUCUCCCUCGGCUUUCCGUUGAUGCCAACCAACACCGGAAUAUCGAUGUGUUCCCAUAAGACUACCGCUAUCACGCAC